GCACAGAAGGCUGAAAUGCUUCCACUCUACCUCUUGACUUUUGCUGCCACCGUCCAAGCCCACAGCCAGCUGCUGCCAGGCUCCUGCAACUUUGAGUCCAACACCUGUGGAUACACUUCAGAUGCAGACCUCACUAGCUGGAUCCUGCAUAAAGAUGGCCGUUUUGUUGCAGUGGAUGCAGACAUGAAUGAAGACCAGGAUGAUGAGGUAGUAGCAGAUGUACCACAGAGAGAGAUCACAGGGGUCCUGCUGAGCCAGACUCUGGAGCAGGGCGAGUGGAGCUGCCUGAGGUUAGUCUACCAGAUCACUGGGUCUGGAAGCCUGGUGGUCCUGCAGCGCACAGAGGGAAAGAGCUUUGACAGGCCACUGUGGAGCAGCCAGGCACCCUCUGACAGCUGGGUCAUCUCAAGCAUGGACUUGCAGAACAAUACUGAGCCGUACAAGAUCGUCAUCGAAGGUAAACCUGGACAGGGUGCUGGGAGCAGCGUGGCCAUAUUUGAGAUCCACAUAAGCCCUGGAUACUGCCUAGAGUGUGAUUUUGAGGAGUCUCACCUGUGUGGAUACAGUAAUCAGUGGAACGCCAAUGUAAACUGGUAUGUGGGAGGAGGUGGACUCCAGCUCCUUCACAACACCAUACCAAAUGACCACACAUACAACAACAAGACAGGCCACUUGAUGUAUGUGGACUCCGUCUACGCUAAGACUUUCAAAGAAGUGGCCAAGCUGGUGUCUCCCAUGACGACGGUGCCCAUGUCCGGCUGCCUGAGUUUUCAGUAUCAGCAAAGUGAGGAGAGAGGGAACAUGUUCUCUGUUUUCACCAGGGACCGCCUGGGUCAGUACCAGGAGCUGUGGAGGGCGGGGACAGAAAACCAGAGUGACUGGAGUAGGACUCUGGGAGAAUGGAUACCUGUGCAGGUGGACCUGAAGGCACCAUACUCUCUACAGGUGGUCUUUGAAGUGGCCUUUAACAGUCCGAGUGGUGGACGCAUUGCAGUUGAUGACAUUUCCUUUUCUCCAGAGUUUUGCAGCACAGACAGUGAGCCGAUCUUUGACCCUUCCAUUGCCAACUGUGACUUUGAGUCGAGUCUCUGUCACUACACCCAGGACCAGGUGAUGGGGUCGUCAUGGAGGAGAGUAUCUGUGAAGCCCAACAUAUUUAGGAAUGGAGACCACACCACAGGGGCAGGAUCUUUCCUGUUGGCUCACUCUGGGCUAAGCCCACGCUCCAGCUACGUUAGCCGUCUGAUUGGUCCAAUUCUGCCUGGAAACAUGAAGUACUGCCUGAGAUUUUACUUCUCUCUGAGGGGUUUCAACCAGACGGACCGAGCUCUCACAGUUUAUCUGCAGCAGAGCAGGAGCCAGGAGAAGAUCUGGACUCAGGGGGAGAAGUCUAGAGGAAUCUGGAUCGCGGCAGACGUCACCUUCCAGACAUCACAGCCUGCCAGAGUGGUUUUCAUCAGCACCUGUAGGAGCAUCUGGGACUGUGGCUCUGCAGCUCUGGAUGACAUCAGUUUGAGCCUGGGAGACUGUGAGCUCACAGCAGGUUUGUCUUUGUCGCCUUUCCCAGGACACUGUGACUUUGAAUCUGGCCUGUGUGGUUACACUCAGGAUAAGCAAAGUGAUGAUGCUGACUGGGAGUGGAGAAGAGGACCCACCCCGACCUCGUACACCGGGCCAAGGGGAGACCACACCAUAGGACUCGGACACUACCUGCACAUGGAGGCGUCACCCAUGCUGCCUGGUCAGAGUGUCCGGCUGCUGUCCCGCCUUCUGAGGGGCUCCAGAGGGCCUCAGUGUCUGAGCUUCUACUACCACAUGUACGGCUCAGGCACAGGCCAGCUCAGCGUUCACCUCAGAAAGGAUGGAGAGGACUCGUCGUUGUGGCAACGGAGCGGCGAGCAAAGCGUCGCCUGGCUGAGGGCCACAGUGGAGUACCAGAGUGACAGCCAUUAUCAGAUUGUGUUUGAAGCAACCAGGGGUUCAUCAGUGAGGAGUGACAUUGCCAUCGAUGACAUUAUCUUGGAAGGUGGACCUUGCCCAGAAAUGGAAAUCAGGGCCUCCAGUGGAACCUCCAAUGAGAUCGAGUAGAAGAGGAGAGCAGCUAUGUAGGAUGCAUGAACUCCACUUUUUUAAAAAUUUUUGCACAGACACCUGACUCCUACAUGUCAAUUUGAACAUGUAAUAGAUGUGGGUAAAAUGAAACUUGCCAUGUAGUUUUCAUAGAGCAAAACAUAUCGGCCGUGUCAUAGUCGGCAUUUCUCUCUGCACUGUAGCAACAGAGAAUGUGUCAAACUGUGUUUCUCUUCACGUUUCUAUGCAUUAGAUUAAUGCUCAACACUCGAAUAAAGCGAGAAAGUUAUCCAACA